AGUGUAAUCCUGAAGGGCCCAAUGCUGUUGGAUUUCUCUCAUGUUUUAUUCUGUACACAAGGCCUGCCUGCAUGUCCUUUUCCAGCUGUGCUCGUGGGCAGAGGAAAGGCAGUAAUCUCUGAAUCUCUGCUGCUCACAGUGACCCCGAGAUGCAUUAGAAAGUCUCUUUUCCCAGCCUGGUGGUCAAAGAAGGAGUCAGAGCUCUUCAUUUCUCGUUCUCAAGGUCAUUCAGAGCUCGUUCUGAUGUCAGCAGAAGGCUCCACCAUCACGGUUCGCCUGGUGCGCUCCUUCCAGCACCGCAAUUUCCGGCCCCUGGUGUUCCACGGCGUCCCCUUGGAGCAGACAGUGCGGGAAUUCAUGGCCUUUGUGCGCCAGGAUGUGUCGUCAAGAUCAGGACUUCCUCCUCCUUUUAAAAAUUACAAGUAUGAUACAAUGAAGAUUAUUCACCAAGCACACAAAUCUAAGACUGGUGAGCUUGUAGUGAGUUUGGAGGAUGAUGACAAACUGAUUUUGAAGGAAGACAGCACGCUGAAAGCAGCUGGAGUAGUAAAUGAGACGGAAUUAGCAUUCUUCUGUGAGGAAGAUUACAGAAACUACAGAGCUAAUCCUGUUUCGGCCUGGUGAAGAUCCCAAGAGAUUGUUUUGUUUUCCCGUACCUGUUGUAAAUUUUCCUUAUUCUGCUUAAUGAGAUUUUUCUUAAAGAUCAAUAAAUCCUAGAGGAUUUCUUUGCAAACAGUGCAAUUCCCUUCCUAUAGAAAUUAAUUUCUGUCAGUAUGCUAAGACUGAGAGAGGAAAAACUGAGGGACAUAAAUGACUUUUUUCUUCCUCCCUUUUCUUUUGCUGUGCUUGGCUCUUGAGCCUCAGGCAGUGCCAUCCCUGACCCGUGACACACGUUCUUGGUGUGAUCCCACAGCACACAGUAACUGCAUGUGGAGAUUACAGAAUGCAUAGGAUGAUCCCAUCACAGUACUGACUUCUAAUGAAAAUGAAGUGAAACCUCCUUCAAAUGAAAUUAAAUAUUUUGUGACCGAAUC